AUGAAGGCCUCUUUCGGAUUUCUCGCUGCGUUCCUCGCACCAGUUACACUGGCCCAGUCUCUCUGCGACCAGUACUCCUACUACGCCAACGGUGGUUACGAGUUCAACAACAACCGCUGGGGCCAAGGCUCUGGCUCUGGUUCUCAGUGCACUUACCUUGACUGGACCAACAGCAACGGUGCUGGCUGGCACACCGACUGGACCUGGUCCGGCGGCCAGGACAACGUCAAGGCCUACCCCAACUCUGGUCUUCAGAUCGGCAGCAAGCGCCUCGUCAGCUCCAUCAGCAACAUGCAGUCCGCCGCUGCUUGGUCUUACAGCGGAACCAACGUUCGCGCCAACGUUGCUUACGAUCUUUUCACUGCUGCCGACCCCAACCACGUCACUUACAGCGGUGACUACGAGCUCAUGAUCUGGCUAGGAAGAUACGGUGGCGUGCAGCCCAUUGGUUCCAAGAUCGGUAAUGCCAACGUCGAGGGCCGCACCUGGGAGCUCUGGACCGGCAUGAACGGUAGCAUGCGAGUCUACAGCUUCGUCGCCGCCAACCCCGUCACCAACUUCAACUCUGACGUCAAGCAAUUCUGGAACUACCUUGCCAACACCCAGGGAUACCCUGCCAGCAAGCAAUACCUUCUUACCUUCCAGUUCGGUACCGAGCCUUUCACCGGAAGCCGUGCUCAGUUCAAGGUUACCAACUUCAACGCUCACGUCAGAUAA